AUGUGUAGGGGUUGUCCCCCUAUCAUUCUUGGCGGUCUUACCUUAUCCUAUCCUCGCAACGUCAGGGGAUUGCCUCCUCGGUUGCAGAGCCCUGGAUGUGUAGGGGUUGUCCCCCUAUCAUUCUUGGCGGUCUUACCUUAUCCUAUCCUCGCAACGUCAGGGGAUUGCCUCCUCGGUUGCAGAGCCCUGGAUGGGAUUGCCUCCUCGGUUGCAGAGCCCUGGAUGUGUAGGGGUUGUCCCCCUAUCAUUCUUGGCGGUCUUACCUUAUCCUAUCCUCGCAACGUCAGGGGAUUGCCUCCUCGGUUGCAGAGCCCUGGAUGUGUAGGGGUUGUCCCCCUAUCAUUCUUGGCGGUCUUACCUUAUCCUAUCCUCGCAACGUCAGGGGAUUGCCUCCUCGGUUGCAGAGCCCUGGAUGUGUAG